AUGUUGUUUCAAUUAUUUUCUUUUUCUUGCUCAGUGAAGCCAGAAAAAUAUCGUCGUUGCGAUCAAUCACCUUUCUGUCUUCGCAAUAGAGAUAUCGAUGCUCAACAUUGGUCAAUUAAACCAGAAAAUGUUAAUUUUAACUCUCAAAGUUUCACAGCAGUCAUUGAUGAUAAUGAUCAUCUCUCACAACUUGACUUAGCAAUUUCUGUUUUGAAAUCAAAUUCAUUACAUAUUAAAGUAAAACCACAUAAACAAGAAUCAUUCAACAGAUUUGAUACAGAAACAGAGCCAAUAUUAAUAGAUCAGAACACAGUUAGAGAUUUUGCUCCAAUAUCCGUUGAUAAACAAGCAUCUCAGGCUACAAUUUCUUCAUCAAAUUCAAAAUUUGUUGUCAACUAUUCUCCAUUCAAGGUAACAGUUAUCGAUAACUUAGGCGAAACAGUUGUAGUCAACUUCAACGAUACAGCAAUUUUUGAAACUAGUCUAGAUAAAGAACAAUAUCCAGAUUUAUACAAAGAGCAUGAUUUCAAUGGUUUCCAUGAUACAUUCAAGAAUGGUCCAACAGCUGUUGCUAUGUCAUUCAGAUUCAGUGGCAAACAAACAAGAUUAUCCGGACUUCCUCAACAUACUCUUCCAUUAUCACUAGGAAACACGAAACCAGGCGAUCCACUUCGUUUCUUCAACACUGACAUCAACGAAUUCGAAAUUGGCAACGGAAUGUCCAUGUAUGGCGCAGUUCCUUUUGUAUUAAUGCAUUCUCUUGACAAAACUGCUGGUUUAUACUGGUCAAAUCCAUCCGAGACCUGGGUUGAUAUCAAUAAUGCCGAAGAUAGAUCACAUUCCGAUAUCAGGUUCAUUUCCGAAGGUGGCUUCAUCGAUUUCUACAUUUUCCUCGGCCAACCAUCUGAAAUUUCCAACUCCUUCACAAAAUUGGUCGGACGGCCACUCCUUCCGCCACUUUUCGGUUUGGCAUAUCACCAAUGCCGCUGGGGAUACAUGACUCAGCGAGACUUCCAGGAGAUAUCCGAAGCGAUGGAUGAAAACGGAAUCCCUCACGAUGUCAUGUGGCUCGAUUUAGACCAUACAGACGACAGAAAAUACUUCACAUUCCAUCCGAAGAACUUCCCUGACCCGAAAGGCAUGCACGAGUUCUUUGCAAAAAAUAACAGAUACGUUGUUACCCUCGUUGACCCACAUAUCAAAGCCAGAUCUGAAUAUUGGGUUUAUCAACAAGGAAAAGACAAAGGAAUCUACAUGAAAACGAAGGACGGCGGAGAGUACAACGCUCACUGCUGGCCAGGAACCUCAGCAUGGCCCGAUUACAUGAAUCCAGAAACAAGAAAUUGGUGGGAAACACUUUUCCAGUUUAGUAACUACAAGACGAGCUCACCAAACACAUACAUAUGGAAUGAUAUGAACGAAAUAUCAGUUUUCGAUGCAAGCGACAACUCAUGUCCAAGAGAUUUAGUUCAUUACGGAGAUAUCGAAGAAAGAGAGAUCCACAACAUCUACGGACACAUGAUGAUCAGUAGUACAUGGGGUGGAUUACGUAAAAGAACAACAAAACCAAUGAGACCGUUCAUUUUAACGAGAUCUUUCUUCGGAGGAAGCUCCAGAUACGCUUUUGUAUGGAGUGGAGAUAACAAGGCUGACUGGACCCACUUGAAGAACUCAGUUCCAGUAGUUUUGAGCCAUUCUAUUGCUGGUAUAGUGUAUACUGGUGCAGAUGUCGGCGGAUUCUUCAAUUCUCCGGACGAAAACCUUCUCAGCAGAUGGUUCUCCGUUGCUGCAUGGACAUAUACCUUCUUCAGAGAGCAUUGCCAUCAUUUGGCAAAUAUGAGAGAAAUUUAUAAGAUAAAGAACGAAAAUUACAGAAACUUAGCGAAGGAAAGUGUUGUAGAGAGAUACAAGAUGCUUCCUUACUGGUAUACAUUAGCUCACGAGUCCAAUCAGACAGGAAAUCCAAUUGUCAGACCAUUAUUCUACGAAUUUUCAAGCGAAAACUUUGCUGACGAGAAGUACUUAGAUUGCGAUGACGAAGUAAUGCUUGGAAAGCACCUCUUGGUCAUUCCAUUCCUCGAAGAAAACCAAGAAAGUGGAAGAGAUAUAAUUCUCCCUCAAAAAGUUAAUUGGUUCAAUUUCAGAACUUUACAAAAGUAUUCAAUUUCACAUGCUUCUUUUGAAAACUAUGGCCAGACACUAGUAUUGAUCAGGGAAGGUUCUGUUGUUCCAAUCAAAGACAGGAUCAGGAAAUCCUCGAGGUUCAUGCACUACGAUCCAUUCACUCUCAUCAUUGCCACCGACAACAAUGGAUUUGCCAGUGGUAGACUGUACGCAGAUGAUGGAUUAAGCGAGGACUUCGCAAAGGGAAGCUUCGUUGAUAGAGAAUUCACUCUUCAAAACGGAAAACUUUCGAACAAGGCUGUUACAAACGGUUUUGACAGGAAGUUCCUCGACGAUUACGAUGUAAAAGUUGAGAGGAUCAAAAUCACUGGAUAUCCAUCCAAGCCUUCCUCCGUUAAAGGCCCGAAUGGAGAGUUGGAGUUUGAAUAUGAGGAUGGAGUCAUUGACAUUUCAAAGGCAAAUCUUCUCGUAAGAGAUGAUUGGACAUUGACAAUCCAAUAA